AUGAAUGGUCCGGGGAAAGACGAUGAGAGACCCAAGCUGGAACGGUUCGACGGGAGUGAUCCAAGCAUGUAUCGCAGAUGGCGAAGGAAAGCAGAGCUGAUGUUGUUGGCACUGCCGAAUACCUACACGAAGGAUCGUUGGGGUGCCAAACUUCUGGAAUACGUGUCCGGGGAGGCAGAAGAAGUGUGUGAAAGUUUGCCACUGGAUAAGUUGACAAAGGAAGAAGGGCACAAGAUGAUCUUCGAGGCGCUGGACGAAAGGUACAAGGAGUUGGACAAGGAGUCGCUGCACAAACAUCUCCAGGAGUACUUCUACGGACUGAAGAUUCGGCCUGGAGAGUCAUACCGAAACCUCACGGUGCGGCUGGACACGUCCUACAGGCGCUUGAAGGAACAUGCCGUGGAGCUACCGGAUACAGUCAAGGGAUGGUUCUUGCUACAGAAGCUACAGCUGGAGCAGUCAGCCCAAGCCAUGGUGUUGACCGCAACCAAGGGUUCCCUGAAGUAUGCCGAAGUGGACAAGGCGAUCCAAGCGAUCUUUCCACAAGGGGUCGCUCGAAGUGGUUCGAACAAGACAAAGGAGGUCUUUACCGCUGAGGGCGAGCAGGUGGAGUUGGCAGAAGACGAGACCGCCGACGACGUCUACGAGGCAAUAGCCGAGGCGAUGCAAAUGACCGAGGAGUACGAUGACGAGGAGGCGUUGGAUGUCUUUGAGACAUACAAGGACAUCCGUCGUCGAGUUCAAGAGAAGAAGCUCGGCAGAGGCUACAAGGGUCACCAAGGUGGCGACUGGAAGCUGACGGGAACAGUAAAAGGAAAGCUGGAACUUUUGAAGAGCAAAACCCGAUGUCACCUGUGCAAGGAGCGAGGACACUGGAAACGAGAGUGUCCGAAGAAGGGACAAGUUGGUGGCAGUGGACAGAGACAACAGCGACCGGGAAGUUCGAGCGAUGCAAUGGUCGCUGACGAUUUCAGCGAGGGAUACAAGGGGCUCGAUGAGGAGCACUUUUUGGAUGUCGACGAGCUAGACAAGUUCGAGAUCUUCUUGGCAGAGCGCGGCAACGACAUCGACGUGGUCGUGGCAACGAAGAAGGAGGCCAUGGAGGAUGACGGUGAAGUGAGUGGGGACUUUGAGCACCGUUUAAAGCAGUUUUUCAGCAGCUCAGAUGCGAGCAAAGACGCCGAUGUCAGCGAGGCAUAUAUGGCUGAUUUUGCUGAUGUUGCUGAGCAUGGGGGGUUCCAGAGGACACAGCUGAUCGUAGACCUCAUGAACGAAGUGGCGGGCCAGAACAACGGGGAGAUGUCGGACCUCGACGCGAAGAUCCUCGACGAAGCAGCCGAUCUCAGCGAAGACGAGCCCGCAGACAGCGUGCCAGGAGUAGGUGGAGUGCUGGGAGCGGUGAUCUUCAAUGACAAGAAGUAUGUUUCGUGGGUCAGGAAGUUCAUCAAGGGACGUUCCGAGCCGGCAGCUGGGAAAACCUACCACCCAACCAUGGUGCAGUUCCGCCUCUACAUCGCACUUCGGGAUCAGAUGAAGUGCACCGCCAAUGUUGGUGGCACGGGGGGGCCAAGCCCCAGUGCCAGUGAUGACGCGGCCAAAGGCGAGAGCAAUGCCACCGCGAUCGGAUGUCCGCCGGAGAGCGAACAUGUGGUGAGCAGCAGCUCUACAGCACGGCAUGCAAUGGGUCCAAGUGCAAGGGAGCUGGAGCUGGACGACCACUGGCUGUUGAUGAGCGAGACCGGCGAGUACAGGAACGAGACGAAUGCCGAGCGUCGCCGACGGCAGCUACGAGAGAAGAUCGAGGCCAUGACACACGAGCUGGAGGCCUUGGAAGACGAUGCGGAGAUCUGA